UAGCCGACGGCCAUGGCGGGCGCCGGAGGCGGGGAGGCGGAGGGGCUGAGGAGGGAGGAGUCCGUGUCCGGCGGCGUCGACGUCUGGAGCGACGCCGUCUCCUCCCACGCGCCCGACCACCUCCUCGUCAUGGUCCACGGCAUCCUCGGCAGUACUACUGAUUGGCAAUACGCAGCCAAUGAGUUCGUGAAGCAACUUCCUGAUGAUAUAAUUGUCCACUGUAGUGAGAAAAACAUGAACACGUUGACUCUAGAUGGUGUUGAUGUUAUGGGGCAACGAUUAGCAGAUGAAGUUCUUGAUGUAAUCAGUCGAAAGCCAGAACUCACCAAAAUUUCCUUCCUUGCACACUCUGUUGGAGGCUUAGUAGCAAGAUAUGCAAUCGCAAAGCUUUAUAGACAUCCAAAUAGCACGUUUGACAGCAAAGCCGAAGGAACCAUAUGCGGGUUGGAAGCAUUGAACUUUAUAACUGUAGCAACACCUCACCUUGGUUCUCGAGGAAACAAGCAGGUUCCACUUCUCUUUGGAUUCAUUACAAUGGAGAAGGUUGCUUCUCGUGUCAUCCAUUGGAUAUUUAAGAGAACUGGGAGACAUCUUUUUCUCACCGAUGAUGACGAGGGAGAACCUCCACUGUUGCAGCGUAUGGUUGAAGAUUAUGGUGAUCUUUACUUUAUAUCUGCUCUGCGAGCAUUUAAAAGGCGAGUGGCAUAUGCCAAUGCUGAUUGUGACCACAUUGUUGGCUGGAGAACAUCAUCUAUUAGAAGAAACACAGAGCUUCCUAAGUGGGAGGAAUCCUUAUCUGAGAAGUACCCCCACAUUGUACACGAGGAGUACUCAGAAGAAAUCGACCCUGAGAAGUGUCAGGAUUUGGCAACAGACUGCAAUUUGGACUUAUUGGAAGAGAAAAUGGUGACAGGGCUUCGAAGCGUUUCAUGGGAAAAAGUAGAUGUUAGCUUCCGCACCAGCAUGGGGAGUUUCGCAGCACACAGCAUUAUCCAGGUCAAGUAUGGGUUUAUGAACGAAGGAGCUGAUGUCAUACAACACAUAAUAGACCACUUCCAGGUCUGAAGAAUUUCUGGUCUUGUAAUUGAACACGCAUUCCGUUGGCACGGCUGACCCGCGAUAGGCCAGCAUCGCACCCCAAACCAGCAGACUACUGAGCAGAUAUAUCAACACAAAUUAGUUUCAGAUUCAAAAAAGAAGAGAAAGGGAACGGGGAGGCCUGGCAGCAUAGGCUAAUUGCUACACAAAUUAGUUUCAGAUUUGGUAUCUGUAUAGUGAUGUGUUGUAACCGCAUGUAAGAAUGCCACGAAUUGGUGAAAGAUGAGGUGGGAAGUGGGAGAAAGCAUCAUCCUUGUAUCUGUGUCAGCAGGGGCUACUCGUCAGCCUGACAUGACAUUUGAUGCUAUUUUCCGCAGCUGUACAUUUCUCCCAUGGUAUCAAGCUAACAGUUUUUAUUGAAAUAAUUAAGUGAAAUCCAAAUUCUUCUGUA